AUGGCGAGUGGCGGCCAGAAACGGAUAAUCCAGUUAACUGGAUUUGAGAAACGAGAGAAGAAGGCACUGUUGAAAUGGCUGUUCAAACUGGACUGUGUUUUUUUAGAUAAUAAGAAAUACAGAAAUUGUACACAUCUUAUAGCAAAGAAGCUAUGCAAGAGUGAGAAGUUCUUAGCUGCUUGUGCUGCUGGAAAGUGGAUACUAACUAAGGAGUACAUAAUUAAUAGUGCCGAAAGUGGCAGAUGGCUUGAUGAAACAACGUACGAAUGGGGAUAUGAAAUUGAAAGAGACACCCAUUAUUCACCUCAAAUGCAAUCUGCACCUAAAAGAUGGCGCGAAGAACUGACACACUCUAGUGCUCCAGGGGCCUUCCACAAAUGGAAAGUUGUCCUCUCUGUUAAGGAAGGUGAUAAACAAAUGGCAUCUAUUAGAAGAGUUCUUCAAGCUGGAAAAGCAACCAUAUGUUCAUCUCAAAAUGCAGAGCGCAAUGUAACUCAUGUAUUCAUCAAUAAUAAAAUUUUUCCUAUGCAAAACAAGAAAUCUCUCUCUGAAGCUCGAUGCUACCCUUUGCAAUAUCUAGGAGAUUACCUCCUUGAGAAUGAAAUACAAAAUACUGAAGAUGUCCAAAUGAACUGUUUCCCGGCUGUGCCAGAAACAGACCAAAUCUUGUCUAACACACAGCUCGCUGAAAUGAAAAAUGCUGUUAUAAAACAUAUGUAUGUUGCUGCGGCUGUUAAGCAUAGGUUAGCUCAAAAGGACCAGCUGAAUAAAUGCAAUCAAGAGGUUGAAAAUACUGGCCUGUCCAGAGGCACAUUGUAUAUACUUGAAGGAUUAGUAGAAGAGUAUUUAUUUCCUGAUGUAAUCGCAGAACUUGCUGCAGGUCAAAAGUACUCUACACCUCCUGUGCAACUUCUUCAUUCUCUUCUAGAAUACGUCCUGUUGGGAAACACUGAUGCAAUAGUUUAUGCUAGACUUCAUCACAUUUUGUAUCUUGUUCUCCAACGUGAUCCUCCUUGGAAGUCCUCAUCUAUGUUAAACUAUUAUUUGGAUCUUCUUCAGUGUCCUGUCUGCAAGAAAGGCACAUGGUCCUUGAUAGAGAUGCUUGUAAAUUUGGUUGAAGGGACCAUUUCACAGCAUCAGCAAGUCAUGCCACAGUCAGUUCUUCUGAAGACCUUUUGGCUGGGAAGCGAAACCUCCGUGCUUUUUACCAAACACAUAAAUAUUCUAGCAGAUUGGGUCAUACUUUCCCAUAGAGAAUUGAACAGAAAAAAUGAUGCUUUCAGGUGUGAAAUAGCCAGUCUAUUAAAUGCAAUUCUUGGAACUGUAGUGGAAUACUGGAUCAUCUCAAGUUUGCUUAUGGACAGAAAUGUGUUUCGUCAAAUAGCUGAUGAUUUGGCACAGUACAUUGCCAUUUCAUGUAAUGAUUUUUCAAUACGUGAAUUAAAAAUGUUCAUUUGUUCCAUACCAUCCCUUUGGCUUCAAAUGUUUGUCGCAGAAGCAGUUUUUAAAAACAUGUGUUUACAGAGAAAUAUAAGUAUUUCUCCAGAACCUCUUUCUCUUCAGAAAAUUGUCUAUUCCUAUUUGCCUGCUUUGCGAGAGAUAGGGAUGCAUGAGCCAAGAGAGAUACACCAAGCAAAGAAAAAGAAAACAGGGCAAUGGCCAUGCCCUGAGUCUCAAAGGGCACUACAGAUGCUAAAUGGUGAUAAGCAGAACCAAGUCAAAGUGCUGCCUGAUCUACCUGACGUAAUCGUUAAUUUAAAGUGCCCUCCAUUGACAAGGAAGCUUAGAGGAAAAGCAGAAGUUGAGGCUACAUACACCAAAAAGAAUAGCUGCCUUUUGCCUCAAGAUGCACGUAUUUACAGGAGAAAUAUGAAAGGAGAGACAGCCCUGCAUAAAGCUUGCAUAAGUAACAAAGUGGAGAAAUUGAUUGAGCUUCUCUCUUACCCUGGAAUAGACAUUAAUGUUAAAGACUAUGCUGGCUGGACGCCUUUGCAUGAAGCCUGUAACCAUGGCAGCACAGUGUGUGUCCGUGAAAUUUUGCAACGUUGUCCAGAGGUAGACCUGCUCAGUCAAGUGGACGGGGUGACUCCUUUGCAUGAUGCACUGUUAAAUGGACAUGUAGAAAUUGGCAAGCUGCUACUUCAGCAUGGGGGACCAGUCCUUCUACAGCAGAGGGACUCCAAUGGAAAAUUGCCACUGGAUUAUGUUGAGUCUGUACCAGUGAAGCAAGAACUUUUGAAUGUUGUUCAUCCAGAAGAGAACAUUGAAAGAUUCUGUGAGCUCGCAGAACAAGAUUUUUGCAGUCAGCAGAGAGAACUGUGGUUGAUUUUAUUUAAUAAGAUGCUGCUGAAUUUUUGUUCAGUUUAUAAUCUGUCCUCACCCUUCACUUUAACUCUCAGAAAGGUAACUUGUUCAAAUGUACUUCUGGUAAUGGCUCGUGAUAUCUGUAAGACAAAAAACUUGUUUUCUGCAGAUUGGUUAGUAGAUACAUAUUUUAGAGAGCUAGAGACAUUUCAAAAGCUACCACAGUUUCUUCAAGAAAUAUCUGCAAACAUUGUUUUUUUCCCUGGAGAACAGAUGAAGGCUUUAUUAGCAACUCUGGAAACUAUGGUAGAGGCACAUCAGCUCUUUGCUUAA